AGUCAGUCAAUCGAUUUGGUCGUCUCGCCGCGACUUUUUAAUUAUUUUGUUUUCCGAGCGCGAUCAACAACCAAAAAUUAUAAAAAUAGCAAACCCAAUCACACAGCGGUGGCAUUUUUUUUUUGCAUCAUUCUGAUGCGGCGUUAAAAAUAGUCUCGCGUGACGGCCAAAAAUGCUCCAUUGUUGGUGUUAGACUUCGAACAACAAAAACAAAAAAAAAGGGAAUCGAUCUUUUUUCGCUGGACGUUGGUGGGCGGUGCCCCUUUGGGAAGAUCUUGCGGUGAGUCACACCGGAACAACGAUGAAGAUCAACGAGAAGAAUCUGUGCAUGUUUGCGACCACUCCGCCGGUGGAUUUGGAAGGGUGGCUCAACAAACGGGGAGAGGUGAACAAAAGCUGGCAGCGGCGAUGGUUCGUCCUCAAGGGGAACCUGCUGUUUUACUUCGAGCGAAAAGGGGACCGAGAACCGCUCGGGAUGAUCAUCCUGGAGGGUUGCACCGUUGAACUCGCCGAAGAGGGCGAACAGUACUGCUUUCAGAUAAUUUUCCACGGCGCCAACAAUCGGACAUACUACCUGAGCACCGAAUCCCAGGGCAACAUGGAGCAGUGGAUGAAAGCCCUGACCUGUGCCGGGUACGACUACAUGAAGCUGAUGGUGGCCGAGUUGCAGCGCCAGCUGGACGAAAUCGAGGACGGUGGCAAGUUGAGCGCGGACGACGCGUUGGAGAACUCACCGCUGCCGCCACCACCGAAGGCGCCACCCCGGCGGCAGAAUCCAGGCUUCCAGCACAGGCCGGCGGUGCCACCGAUCGAGUACGCAACGAAUGCCGAACCACCUCCUUCAACCCCUCGCUGCCGCCUCUGCCUCACCGCCUUCCCCGAUCCCAACGACGACAACCUGCUGGACAUAUUCCGCGCCGACACGGAGGCCCACUUUUCGUUCAAGAUCCGCGACUGCACGGGCGUUUUCCUGUCCCCCGAGGACGGUGGCGGCGAUUCGACACCCGUCACCGUUUGCCUCAACUGCGCCGAGACGGUGCACUUUAUCGACGAGUUCCGCACCGUGUGCCGUCGGUCCGAGGCGGCAUUGCUGGAAAAUGGGGUGGCCGCGCCGGUAGAGCGACAUGAUUUGGCACGGUGGGAUGCGUAUCGGCAUCAUGUGGGGCAGUUGCGGAAGUUGAUCGGGAUGGCGGAGGUGAAGCAGGAGGAGGAGGAGGAAGAAGAGGCCGCUGUGGCGUUUGAGUGGGCGGACGCCGAGGAUGUGCUGGAAAUUAAGCAUGAGUUGGACGGAAGUGGAGGGGAGGAUAAUUUGGAAGAGGAGGAGGAUGUUCCGAAGCGAAAGCGUGCUAAGAUUGAGCCGGAUGUUGACCAGUUGAGUUUGGCGAAAGCCAUUCACGCACAUCCGGAGCUGUGGGAUUCAAGUCAUGACGGCUUCCACGUCGCGAUCCACCGUGAACGUGCCUGGACAAAACUGGCCUCCACGACCGAGUUGGAGAAAGCGCAGCUGAAACGUGAGUUCAACCGGCUGCACGAGUUCUACCGGCGGAAGCGCUGGAGCUCGGAAGCGUCCGGUGAUGAGCUGUACCAGCUGCUGGAAUCGAUGUUCAGCUCGCGGAAGGCUGGCAGACUGCGUGCUUCGAAGGAGGUCAGCGUGGACGAGCGGUUGCAGCUGGCUCAGGUUUUGCACGAGCAUCCGGAGAUUUGGAAUAAGAAGCAUAGCGGGUACGAUAAGCUAACGAAAUGGACCAAGAUCGCGGACCAGUUGGGCAUGGAAGUGGACGAGUUGAAGCGUCAGUGGAAGUGUUUGCGGGACGUGUACCACAGCAGGAAGAGACGGUUGGCGACGGGGAUAAUUGAGGCGGAUAACCCGCUCCUGCACGAACCUUUGUACUUUCUGCUGGAAGAGAUGGUAGAAUGUACACUUUCAAAGAGGAAGUCUGCAGCCAGCCAGGAAGACAUCACUCCUAACGAGCGGAUGAAGCUUGCUGAGGCAAUCUACGAGAGGGAGAUCAUAUGGAACCGUGUCCAUCCGCAGUACAGCGACCAGCUUCUGCGUGACCGCACGUUCGAAGAUUUGGCCGCUGAGCGGAACAUUUCGACGGACCAGCUCAAGCAGCAAUGGCGAAAAUUGCGCGAUUUCUAUCGCUUGCGAUGCUCCCGUGUGAUGAAGGGCCAAAUGGAGCUCGACGACCCGCAGCUGAACGAUCCGCUCUACCUGCUGCUGAAGAAGAUGCUCCGCGAGAACAUGGAGGUGGGCAAGCGAUCCGCCAACGCAAAUGAACAUGUUGAAACCGCCGCCAACAUCGCCAUCCAGCAGGACGACAAGCUGGCGCUGGCGCAGGCCUUCUACGAGCGGGAAAUCAUCUGGAACCCAACCCACCCUCAAAACGCCGUAAAAGCCUCCCGAGAAGCCGCGUGGAAAGAAAUGGCAGAACAGCACAGCAUGAGCGUGCCCGAACUCAAAACCCAGUGGCGAUACCUUCGCGACGGAUACCGCGUCAAGUGGAAGCGUCUCCAGGCCAAUCCAAACGACGAAAGCGCCAUCAACUCCACCCUCAACCCGCUCUACCUGCUGAUGGACCAAAUGAUCCGGGAAGGCGCUCCCCCUCCAAAUCCAACGCCAGAACUCACGCAAGCCAUCACCGAACAAAGCCGGCGCCCUCGGCUCAGCUACAACGUCGAGUUCCGCCUCCGCAUCGCCAACGCCAUCCACGAGCAGGAAAUCCUCUGGGACACGACCCACCCGGAGCACGCGGACCACGUCAAGCGCGACCAGCUGUGGAACCAGCUCGCGACCCAGCUGAACCUGCCCCAGGCCGAACUCAAACAGCAGUGGAAGCUGCUGCGUGACCUGUACCGGAGCCGGAUGGUUCGCUUCGGCAAGGAGAGGAAAAUCCCCCCGCAGCACCCGUUUAUGCGGCAGAAGCUGUUCCGCCAGCUGGACCGGAUGCUGCGCGACAGCUUGGGCAAGCGAAAGCGGCGGCGGAAUAAUCGGGUCAAGGGGGAGGAAGAGGACGAGGCUGGUGAAGGGGAGGCUAGUGAGGGUGGAGGCGAUGGAGACGAGGAUUCAGAAGGUGGAGACAAGGACGGUGAGGAAAAGAAAGUGGAGAAGUGGGGAAAGCCGUUUGAUAAUCCGAAGCUGCGGGCGCGGUUGGCGGAGGAGAUUAAGAAGCACGAGAUGUUGUGGAAUAUCAACCAUGUUGACUACAGCCGGGGCAGCUUGCGCGGUCAGGUGUGGACCAAAAUCAGCGACCAGUUCGGGUUGGAUCGGGGCCACGCCGUUACGACGUGGACCCGGGUUACGCAUCGCCACCGGAAGAUGCGCGAACUUUACGGCACGGUUGCGCCCGAUCUACGGCGAAAGGAUCCGCUGCAUCGGUUUCUGCACGAGGUCGUGUACGGUGGAACGGACGCCAAAGCCGAAGCUCAACCGGCGGCGGUGUUGCCACCGAAGCGACGCUACACCGGCAAGAAAGUGUACAGCGACGAGGGCUGCAUCAUGGUCAUCCAGAACGGAAUCAAGCACUACUUUAAGGUGUGCGAGCAGUGCGGAAAGAACGUCGAGCGAUCGGACUUUGAGUAUCACAUGAACCGCCACAACGGACUCACGCCUUACGCCUGCUCGUACGAGGGUUGCGACAAGCGGUACGGCAGCAAGAUCACCCGCGAUCGGCACGAGAUCCUGGUGCACACGGCGGACGCCGAACGGUUUGAGUGCGAACUGUGCGGCCAAAAGUUCAAGUAUCGUUCCAAACUGGACUAUCACCACGCGAUGAAUCACCAAAGCCAGAAUCUUCCCUGUCCGAUUUGCGGCAAGGAUAUGAAGCACAAACAUGCCCUCCGCCAUCAUAUGGACCGGAUCCACAAAAAAGCCGGUCAUGCCUGCCCCAAAUGUGACCGCGUUCUGCAGACCAAGUACUCGCUCGAUGUGCACAUGCGGAUCCACACGAACGAAAAGCCGUACCCUUGUGUGCUGUGCGGGCAGUGCUUCCGGCUUAAGGUGCUGCUGAAGACGCACCUGGCCAAGAAGCACAACGUGGCGAUCGAGGAGUUGGAGGGGGCGGGACCGUCCGGAAGUGGGUAACCGCGAAGUGUUAGUAAAAUUGUGAUUAUUUAUUCAAGAAGA